CUGCAACUGCCCCCACCGCUAAAUCCACCAAGGCCCCGGCCCAACCAUCUAUUACUGAAGUGGACGAUGAAGACGCACAUUUCAUGCGCAAUCGUUCUGUUACGGGUUGGAAGAAGAUAGAGGAAAUUGUGAAGGAGAAAGAGAGAAGCUCCCCCGCCCUUGACGACCAAAGCUCGGGGGCGGACACAGAUGGAGACGUAUGGGAAGUGAAUGACUCGCCACGGACGAAGAAGAAGAAGAGAUCGCAAAGUAAUAAGCCAUUGCCGAGCUGGACCAGGACGAAGAUAGUCAACUUGCUGUCAUCCGAUGAUGAUGACGACGACGAAGACGCCCUGCAAAGCAUCGACAAUGUGACCCCGAGGAGGCGAGCUGAGCGUCAAACUCAGAAACGCCAGAAGCGACAGCGUAGUCGAUCCAGGUCAAUAACCCCACCUCCGCCGCUGUCCCUUCUCCAGAUCCAGAAUGCUAGAAAUCUUGUGCGACAAGCUCUCGACAUUGGCCCUCGGCCUGUGUCACCAACGGCAUUUGACGACGAGGGCGACUCUGCUGACACGGUAACACUGGAUCCGGAGCUCAUGGCAAUAGCAAGGGAAGUCGAGAGCCAGGCGAAGUCCUUCGUCAAGGACGCUUCCAUCGACCAAGAGCUUGGGGGCGGGCCGGAAGUGGUUACAAUUCGCGUGAGAUGGCAGCCUCACCCCGAAGACGACGCCGGACGAAGCGAACUCUGGACUUUCAAGAUGAAGCGCCACGAUACAUUCCAACGGCUAUUUGAAGAAACGGCAGACGAGGCUGGUAUCCUCGUGGAUAAUCUCAUCGUCACACAUAGCGGCAAACAAGUAUUCUCGCCGUCCACUCCGCAUAUCUCAGGGAUUUGGGCGGAAGCAGAGCUGGUUGCCUGUGAGAAGACGACAUAUGAAUACAUAAGAACCCACCGCCUCGACAUCGGCGCACCCGGGGCCGACAAGGAUGACAAGUGGCCUCCCCCGACACGCUCUCCUAGCGCUGGAUUCGGAUCCGACGCUGAAUCAGACUCCGGGGUUGAGUCCGAGUCUCAAGCCGAGGACAAGUUCAAGCUUGUCCUCCGCUCAGCAGUCACUGACAAGAUCACCGUCACUGUCCGACCGACGACCACAUGUGCUGCGAUCGUGAAGGCCUUCCUAAAGUCUGCGGGGCUCACAGAGAAGUAUCAGGGAGCCAAGGGUAAGGGCAGGAAGAAGAAGACUGUGAGCAAUAUGCCCACACUGGUGGUUGACGGCGACAAGAUGGAUCCUUCCUCCGAGAUUGGGGAGGCAGGCUUGGAGGAUGGCGAUUGCAUCGAUGUUGUUGGGCUAUGAUCCAUCAUUCUUUCGCGGUGCAGGUCGUCCUUUUUCUUUACGGGCUUUGCUGUUUCUUCGUUGUCUGCCAGUGUACUCUAGUUAACAUACCAGUGGGUGAUGAUUGCAUCUAGUUGCACCCAUCGGAGAGAGCCAGACGUGGCAGG